GAGGCCCAGCCACGCAGAGCCUCUGCGCCUCUCAGACCCCAGAGAUGCCAGCCAGCCACAGGAGGAGCUCGCGGUCCAGUGGGGAGUCCAGAAAGGAAAGUAGGCUUCACCACCUGGCAUGCUGUGUGUCCUUAGACACGUGUGUGCCCUCUCUGGGCUGCGGGCAUGUGGGUGUAUCACGCAUCGGAAUAAUAAUUUAAAACACGCCUGUCGAGCGCCUGACCGUAGCCAGGCCCGUUCUCGGCACGGAGGAGAGUGGAGACUGAGGCGGACAAUUUGAGAAGAAAGAAAACGGCCUGUUUGUUCUCCACCCCCUCGUGUUAGGGAGCAAAUCCGUGCCCACUGCCAGGACAUCAAGGGUGUGAGAACGGCCACGCGCAUGACCAGGAUUCCCUGAAAAGGCCUCGCUGGCAUCCCGUCCCCGCGUGUUAAAAACCGAGAUCCCGCGUCGGGUCCAACUACUAUCGUUUUGACGGAACAAGGAGAAAAAUCCAGCGUCUCCACAUGUCUGCAGUAGCUGGACAUGCAAACGUCUCGUCAUUUCUGUUGGUGACAAAGUCACAGGUGACGUGAGCACGAAUGAGCCUUGUUCCCCGCACUAGUCAUGGGAGAAAUUGCUGAAUUUCAGUUAGAGAUUAGGGAAAAUAAAGAUAUAACCCACACACCGCCCCCCCGCGCCCCCCGUCCCCACGUAGAAAAUUUUCGUCCUUGGGAUUUCCGUUCUGAGCCCAGUAUUUUCCAGGCUUGUAUCUGUGGCAGGAGGACCGGUUAGAACUGCCUGCGCACCUGUGUCGGUCCCCGGCCCCCUGGCUGGAGCGUCGCUAUCAAGGCUGGAAAUUAACUGUUCCUGAAGGUGAUGUGCCCAGUAGCCGACCCUCCGGAAGCACUUGGUGGGGCCGGUGCGCCUGUCCCUGUGCAGAGGACACGCACGCCCUGCGGAUGUCUCUCCGUCCCUGGGGGGGGGGGGGGGCGACUGGACCGCCUGGCACCCUUUCUGUGGACGUGGAAACGGAGACUCCGAGGUGGGGGGGGGGGGGAGUUUCACAACUGUGUGCGUCACACGGUCGCCAGAGGCUUUUGGUCUUGACUUGGGAUGAGCACGUGGAGCUCUAAACAACCGCGAUUCAGAGCCGUGAGGUCAGGGCACGCUCACGGUCAAAGUAGCGGCUGGUUCUGUCUCUUUCCGAGACUCCCAGCACCAUCACUGGGACUUUGCUCGUCCACCUUCCCGCCACGGGACCGUCGGCCCUGCUGCAGAGACAACGCUGCAGCCCAGCGAAGGUCAAUCCCUUGCUCAGGGUCCCACGGCCGGAACAUAAACGGCAGAGGGCCAGACCCGGGGUGCAGAGCUCCAGGAACCACGGGGGGACACGUUGCAGUCACGCGGCGCCCAGACCCAGGGAAGGAUACCAGUGGCUCCCGGCCACUCCUUGCGCCUCCUGGCCACGAGCUCCCCCAGGCAGCCGCUGUCCCCGCGUCUGCCACCACCUUGCAGCGCCGUCUGGAUUUGAAUGUCCACGUGUGUCACCUUAACCGUCUGUCCUCACGGCCCCGCAGUCAAAGAGCGGCUGCUGCUUCUGUUCCCAUUUUACACGCGACGAAAUGGAGCUCCCUCCCUGCAGCAACGUAGUCGCGAAGGGCCUGGGGUCUCGUGGAGGUAGGACCCCCAACCUGGAGCCUCUCCCUGGGGCUGGCCCUGUGCACCUGCUGCCCAGAUGUCGACCAGGCCUGGGUUUCCGCUGUGGGGCUCAGGGUCACGCGAGGGAUUCACGGAUGAGCAGGUAUCCUGUACCCUAACCUCCUCCUGGCCCUUCCAGGGGGCCCGUCUACACCAGAGGCCCCUCGGCUCCCAGACAUGAGCCUCCGGCAAAGACCCUCCUCAUCCCUCUGCUGGCGAGCAGCGUCUCUCCCCAGGGAACCUGCCCGCUCCAGGGCCUCCCCCUGGGCAAGGCUCCUGCGGCCCCCGCCCCUGUCCCUACCCCCAUCUGAGUGGUGCGAGCCCCUCCUCCCUCUCCCUCGUCAUCGGGAUGCACGCUACCCCCCACGGCACAUUCUCUAUGUGGACCCCUCAGGUCUCCGUCCCACCCUCCUGCCCCAGCUAGAACGUACGUGCCAGGAGGGCGAAAUGCUGUUUGGGGCACGACUUUAUGCCGACAGCCCGGGGUUCGUGCACACGGUAGACAUUCAAUAAAUCUUGAGUGGAAGGAGAUUAAUCAGCACAGAACUUCACCAAAACACAAGUGGCCUCCAUGAGGGAGAGGGAACUAGAAUUUAGUUCCACUGCCCAGCUAAUAACGGUGGCUGGGCUGAGGACGUCGGCCAGGGCAGAGACUGGAGGUUGGGGGCGAGGGGCCAGGAAGUCUGAGGUCUCCUCCCCUAUCCACCACCCCCCGCUCACUACUAAUGUGACCAGGUGUCCGCCCCAGAGUCAGGAAGGAGAGCCGGCCAGAGGUGACAAUAGGGCUCCUGUGCGGCGGGUGGCGGGGAGGGCAGGGACUCAGGCAAAUGAGCGGGGCGCGCAGAUAUAGAGGCGUGUGGGCGGUCUGCCCUCUGCUUCCGGGGGUGCUGGCCACGAUGGAGGGCGGCCUGAAGCAGCCCGGCCAGGGGAAGGGGCCCAAAGAGGUGGGGGACGGCCAGGCCCUGGCCAAGCUGCAGGAGCUGGCCUGGACGUGGUUCAUGGAGACACAGGCGCCCCUCAUUCUGCACGACGGAGCCCUGCCCCCCUGGUUUCACGGAUUCGUCACCCGCAAGCAGACGGAGAAGCUGCUUGGGGACAAAGCUCUGGGCUCCUUCCUCAUCCGCCUCAGCGACCGGGCCACCAGCUACAUCUUGUCCUACAGGGGCAGUGACCGCUGUCGGCACUUUGUCAUCAACCAGCUCCCCGACCGGCGCUACCUCGUCUCGGGGGACACGUGCAGCCACGGCACGCUGGCCGAGCUUGUGCGCCAUUACCAGGAGGUCCAGUUUGAGCCUUUUGGGGAGACCCUGUCUGCUGCCUGCCCCCGGCCGGAGGACAGCGAUCUGUACGAUGCCAUCACCCCUGGCCUGGAAAAUCCGCCUGCCACGGCGUCCGCCCCGGGGGGCCCAGUCGAGGCUGCCAGCCCCUGCCCCUGUCCAAAGCCACCCGUGUCCUUCCUCCACACAAAGAAGAACCUGGACGUGAGUUCCUGCAGCUUCUCUGAGGACGAAUGCAUGGCGGUCCCUGUCAGAGUGCCUCCCGUCCCUGAGAGGAGUGCCCUCCUUCUGGACGAGUCUUUCGGAAGCCCCAACGACAUCAUCUACUCAGACCUGAGGAAGAUGAACCAGGCACGGCCAGGCCUGGGCGCGGAGGUGUCCAGCAGGCACGGCCUGGGCCCAGUUGGCAGCCUGGCUUGCUCCCCAGGCAAGGGGCCCCCGAGGAGGCGCUCGGAUGGAGGCCGGGACAGGCCUGACGGCCCAGGGCCCGCCCUCUCUGGGGCGAGCCCAGACCGGGGUCCUGUGGUGCCUCCCACUUCCCGGGGCUGCCUCCCGGCCCCCCCUUCUGAGGCCCUAGGAUCCUCUGCUGCCACCUGGAGCCAGGCGUCCCCAAAGCUGAGCCACAGGGCUCAGCCCUGCUCCCAGGACAGCCCGGCAGACGCCUACGAGCUCCUACAGACGGCAGGUCCCCCACCAGAGCCCGGCGACGUGCCAGACCAAGAAGGCGGCACCUGGGCACCGGCCCCAGUUUGCUGGGGCAGCUCAGCUGGGCCCCCGUGUCCUGGAACGGGCGCCCCGUCCGGCAAGCUGCCAGGAUCCACAGUCUACGGUUACGGGAGCCUCUCGGGGGCCCCGGGGCUCCCCGAGCCCAGAAACACCUAUGAACAAAUCCCAGCGGCCAGGAGCAAGGAGACCGGACGGACACACAAGCCCGACAAGCACCGGAGGAUCUUCUUCACAGACAAGAAGCACAGAGCCUGAGGAGUGCCUGCCGGGGGGCUUCCCGGGGAGCCCGCGGCCCCCCCCCGCCCCCCCCAGGGCCCCCCACUGGCCCCAAGAGGGGUGGAGGCCCGGGAGGUGGGGGACUGACCACAGGUAGGGUCAGCACCCCCAUCCCCAAGGUGAGCACCCUGAGGCCCGGGCUCGUCGACCGGCCCGCCCCUCCCCCCACCCCGCUGACCGUCCCCGAGCACGCGGCCGGCCCUGCGCGAGGGCACGGGCAAGGCCACGCGGUUGUUCCUGAGACCCAAGC